AUGACUUCCAACACCACCAUUGUCAUUGGCGCAAGCAGAGGUAUUGGCUUGGAGCUGGCAAAAUACCUCGCCCAGAAUCCGGAACACCAUGUCAUCGCAACCAUGCGCAAGCCCUUCGAUCUGGGCGCAGCCAACAUUGAUGUCCUCGAACUCGACCAGACCAACCAGCAAUCUGUCGAUGCUGCAGCUGCAAAUGUUAAGGAGGCAGACACACUGAUCGUCAAUGGCGCCAUCGGCGAAGAUGAGCUCCUUACCCAGAUAUCUUCCGACAGACUCCUUCACUACCUUGACACCAAUGUCGCCGGUCCCCACAGAGUGAUCAAUGCGUUCAUUCCGGCACUGAGAGCUCGCAAGACCCGGAAGAUCAUUUACAUCUCUUCCACCGCGGCUUCUCUUGCCGGCCAAGUCGGCGAGAAAUGGGGGCUCCGCGGGCCUUACGCAACCUCCAAAGCCGCCGGUAACAUGUUGACUGUCCAAUUCCACAAUGAGCUCCACGAAGAUGGAUUUACUGUGGUGGCGGUCCAUCCGGGCUGGGUCGACACCGAUAUGGGCAGGCUUGGUGGCGACGGUGCGAUGCCAUCGACUGAAUCAGUCCAGAAGAUCAUGAAGAUAGUAGACGGACUGACUAGCGCUGAUGGGGCCAAGUUCUUCAACAUUGACGGCACAAUUCUGCCUUGGUGA